UGGAGGCAGUGGUGGAGUUUGAGUACACAGCCGAACAGGAGGAUGAACUUUCUCUCAGAGUUGGCGAUGUUAUUUCCAAUGUUCAGACAGCAGAAGGGGGUUGGUGGGAAGGUGAACUUAAUGGAAAGAAGGGCAUGUUUCCAGAGAACUUUGUUAAGCUUGUGAAACGCAGAGAACCGGCACCUAAUAAAAAAGAAGAGAAACGAGAAGCCACACAACGAAAGUCAGUGCGAGAGCUAGCAAGCAAGUUAGGCAAGGUUCCAAUGGGUGGACCGCCCAAAAAGAAAGAGAAAAAGAAAAAGUGCAAAGUCUUGUUUGAAUAUAAGAAAGAAAAUGAUGAUGAGCUGGAUCUGGCUGUAGGAGAUAUUCUGGACUUUCACAGACAGUUUUGCUGGAAUGAAAUCUUACUUUCCGAAAGCAGCUCUGAUUGUAUAUCCUCACCAGCGGUGGAAGAAGGCUGGUGGGAAGGUACGCUGAACGGAAGGCAUGGAGUGUUUCCAUCCAAUUUUGUGGAGAUGGUGGAAGACACGGCCUCGCCGGAUGAAAAUAAUAUAUCAGCUGGUCAAAAGGAAGAGGAUAAGUCAGCAGGUGAUAGUCACAACAAAGAUUCAGACUUUCAGACAAUUAAGGGUAAAAAGGUCAUGGGCGUAGGACUGGGCAAUAUUUUUGGCGGUGGUCCCAUCAAACUGCGGGCAGUUGGGGAUAGCACAGCCAAAGAGGAUGCUCCAAAAUCAGGAAGGCAAGGGGACUCUACUCCUGAUUCCGCACCAGAGGCAGCAAAGAGAGAAAAGCAAAAUACCACAGAACGUGCCGUAGUUCGAUUUUCAUACACAGCGGAGCAGCCUGAUGAACUGUCUUUGGUAGAAGGGCAGAUUGUCCGCAUCCUUGAGAAGGAACUGGAGGAUGAGGGCUGGUGGAAGGGAGAGUUACAUGGAAAAGUUGGAGUAUUUCCUGACAACUUUGUGGAACUGUUGCCUAAUGAAGAGCCAAGUAAAGCAAAGAAACCCCCUGCUCCGGCUGCAUCUACAAAACAAGCUGUUCUCCCCAAACUACCAGAAAAAUCCUCAUUUGACGCUGACGAGAAAAUCAAAACAGAAUCUCAGCCUCCAUCCAUCGGCAAAAAACCCCAGGCUCCUCCACCUAUUGGCAAAAAGCCACUAAAUCAAAGACCUGUUGAAACAAGACCAGAGCCUGUCGUUCCACCAAACAAACCAGCUGGUUCAUUGAGGGAUAAGGCUGUAUCAAAAGAGAACCACACAGAGAACCAGCACUCUGAAGCCCAAGUAUUUGAGGAUAUCGAGACAGCAGGACAGAAGCUGACCCAUCUGACCUUUGGCAGAGCCAAGGGACCCAAGAAACGACCACCAUCCACGGUUCUCACUCUUAACGAAGGAGAAAAAGACAGUGAUUUCCCUGAAGAGAUUAAGAACAGCCAUGCUCCCACGGCACAGGAAAAACAACAUUCUCAUCUGCCAGAAAAGCCGGACAAACCGUAUCCAGUUACACACCCAAAAGAUACCAAGCAUCAGCCUCAACACUCCACAGAGAAGGAACCCACCAGCCACAUCCAUCAACACACCCCUGCCACAGCUUCGUUGAGAGACAGAGAGCUACCCUCACAGCCAUCUCCACCACGACCACUAGAGCCAUCCACAG